UUUCCCCCACUUCCAGUCCGGACACUUUCAUUCCCUUCCAGUCCAGACACUUUCACCCCCCUUCCAGUCCGGACACUUUCACCCCCUUCCUGUCCGGACACUUUUCACCCCCUUCCUGUCCGGACACUUUCCCCCCCUUCUAGUCCGGACGCUUUCCCCCCCUUUCUAUCCGGACGCUUUCCCCCCCUUCUAGUCCGGACGCUUUCCCCCCCUUCUAGUCCGGACGCUUUCCCCCCCUUCUAGUCCGGACGCUUUCACCCCCUUCCAGUCCGGACGCUUUCACCCCCUUCCAGUCCGGACGCUUUCACCCCCUUCCAGUCCGGACGCUUUCACCCCCCUUCCAGUCCGGACGCUUUCACCCCCUUCCA